CGAGGCACGACAAUACUUGCAGUAAAGUACGACAGCCGGCGAGGGCGAACGGAUCGGACAAAGGUAGAGCACAACAAGUAAACCUCAACACAGGAUGGCCUGAGGUGGCUCAAACCUCAAGUUUUUAUCCAAUUUUGACCCUGCUCUGACCUGGGCACACUCUUGAAUGGUGGAGAGACAAGGAAAUAAGCGAGCGGGUACUCUAAUCCAGAGCCAAGUGGAAGAGGAGACUGGGCAAGACCUACAGCUGUAAUACAACUGUAAUACAGUGGUGUAUUUGGGAAUCAGGACUUUUAUGUUUGAAAGCAAGGCAUAAUGGAUGCAACGUGGAGGAGGAUCCUGCGGGAACAUAAGGAUGCUAUAGCUGAAGCGUUAGUACACACAGAAAUGACACAACAUAUCAUCUAUGAGCUUAGAGAGGAAGGUGUCCUGACUUCAGAAAGGGCAGAGGCAUUCAAGCAGAUGGAAACUACAAAAACCACGAGGAUGAAAAAUUUGAUUUCAUAUCUUGAAACGUGCGGAGAAGGAGCAUUUCAGAAAUUGCUGAAAGUGUUAAUGCAGUUGGGCCUGAGUGCUCUUGUUAUGCGACUAAAUGAGAGCAUCAACGAGGAACACAGCGGGAACCUUGGUGGGAAUAGCAAUGAAUUAGAGGACCUGACGUACAUGCCAAACAUCCAUAUUGGACAGCCAGGUCAACUGCCUACACUGCCUCGUCCUCCAUGCAGAAGACCCGAGAUGCCAGAAUAUCACAUGGUUGAGAGCGGUAUCCCUAAUGAACCUUUGAUAAUAGAUGUAGUGCCUUACAGGGAGGUUGGGGGUCAGGACUUGGAACCUGCAUCGGUGUAUAAAAAUCUCACCAUGCCUCGAGGACUGGUAUUCAUGGCGAAUUUUAAAAAUUUUAAUAAUGAUGAACAUAGUCCUCGUACAGGGUCGGAAACUGAUGUGAAAAACCUUACAAUGUUAUUUUCACAAAUGGGUUACAGUAUACCAAACGUCCACCUGAAUAUGAAAAAAUACGAAACAAUAAAGGCUUUAAGGGAAUUUCAGGCCCUUGAUGACUUGAAUUAUGUGGACUCUUGCAUAGUGGUAAUUAUGAGUCAUGGCCGCGAUGAAAAGUCUUUUUACACCUCUGACAAUAAUUUUCUCAGUGUGAAUGAUGUAGUGGAAAGGUUCAGCAACAAGGAAUGUCCAGCACUACAAGGAAAACCUAAGAUAUUCAUCUUCCAGUACUGCAGAGGGACAGCACCAGAUAUUGGAGUACCACCUGUGCCUCAGCCUGUGAUGCACAGUCGUGCUCUUGAUGUCCAGACAGACUCGGCUCAUUUUGGGGAAGCCAUUAUUGACAGACACCCAACCUACACGGAUAUGUACAUUGCUUACUCAACUGUUGAAGGUUUUGUGUCAUUUCGUCACCCUAAACGAGGAUCUUGGUUAAUGGAGGCCAUCUGUUUUGUCUUCAUGAAUAACGCAUGUGAUCAUGAACUAGAUUCGCUUAUGAAAAUGGUUUCUCGUAGGGUGCGCGAUAACUACACUGAUGACGGCAACAAGCAAGUGUGCGAGUUUGUUAAUAGAGCUUUCGACCGACACUUUUUCUUCAACCCUGAGCCACUGAGAAACACUGGAUUAUUGAACAUGAGCACUCUGUCAAAUGCUCUAUCUGACUCGAGGAGUUUGGAAAAUGCUGCAUCACCACUACCUGCUCCUGCAUAUUGUCAAAAAAGGCACACGCAUUGCUCUCGAGGAACAAUACCUGUGGCAUACUCGAAUAACAAUUAUCGUCAAACAAGACACAGAAACCUAAGUUGGGCCAAUAAUGCUUCAGAGAGAAGUUUGGAAGAACAUGAACCUCUUAAUCUCAACCCAAACACAGCACUCAUUUGCCCUCGAGUGAGCAGCCUGAGUGGCGCUCGUCCUCGAAGGCGUACUUCUCUGCCUGAAACAAGCUACUUGCACCAUUCUACUCCUCUUCCUCGUCGUCGAGAAGCAAGGGGCCGUGCCAACAGUGAGCAAGAGCAAGCCCAGGAACUACAAGAAGCUGCUACUGAUCCACCUGAAAUACUUAAUUAUAGCACUGGAAGUGAUGUAUUCAUUGAAGAUCCUCAGGAUGGAAUUGAAACCCCUUCUGAAGAUCCUCAUGAUGUAGUUGACACUGCUCAAUUCAGUUUUGGUGUAAGAGCUGAAGCAUUGCCAGAGCACAUGAGUAGAGAAUCUCCUUUGCGCAUGACUGGUGGAAACUCGUCAGCAUUGAUUGGCGAGGUUCAAAGAGGAGGAGACCAUGAAGGUAUAUUGCACUCACAAAGCACUACAACCAUUAUACUGGAAUACGAAGAGGAGGAGUUGAAUGGACCACACAUGGCCAUUAAGAGACAAAACUCGGCCCCAUCAUCAAAUGAAACCCUUGAGAAAAUUGAUGGUGUAAGAAAAUUUUUACAGGUUCAUGACUCUGAAGAAAUGUUUAAAGAACCCCUCAGGAGAAUUGAGAGCUUUGUUAAGAAGAGGGAUGAAAGUAAGCGGAUAAAACUGGACAGGGAUGACUCGGACAAUCUUGAACAAUGAUGGUAAUAUUUUGAAGCAAAAAACAUUGUAGGAAAUCAUAAAUGUAGGUGAACCUUGUACAUUUUUUUUUUUUUUAUAUAUAACAAAGUGCCUUAACAUUUUAAAGCAAAGUGCCUUAAUGUUUCAUAACAAAGUGCCUUAAUGUUUUAAUUUGCCAAAUUUUUUAAGUUACUAAAUUACCCUUUUUUUUUUUUUUUUUUUAAGUUUAUCAAAUAUUUCAGACCUGUGGUAAAGCAGUGGAAAUAUCCCCCUAAUUUUUGGUGUCAACCACAAAAUAUUAAGAUAUAAGCCAAUUAUAUAAUUAUUAUUAUGUAACAAGCUCUUUAUUAGUUGACUUUAUCAUAAAUUUAUAUAAAAAGUGAUCUAAAUAUCCUAUUGGCUUUUUAAUGUCUCAUUGCAUGCUAGGAAGUGAGAAGUCUUUCUUAGUCCACAGCUUUCACACUUAUUGUGUCAGUUAAGUUAUAUUUGUGUGGUUCGUGAGGUAAAUACGUAGGUACUGUGCUUGGACGCUAAGCCAGAAUCGGCUUAAGAGUGUCUGCUUCUAACCCUGCUGAUAUUUUCCCCACAACUACUCUAAAAUGUCAGGGUAAUCCCAGGUCUAAUGAGUUAUACUUUUCAUGUUUUAUUUUGUAUUGUAACAUUAGGACCUUAUAACAAGAAAUCUUUGUGUAUAACACAGAAAUGUUUCUUAUUUAAUCUACUUUUAGAACACUUUUAAUCCUUGACAUAAAACCCAGACAGUGCAUGUGAUUACAAUGCUGUGCAUGUAAUACAUUUGUUUUAGUGUUUAUGAUGAUUGCUUGGGAAGUAACUUUAGGUUGUAGUUUAUAUCUCAUUAUUGAAUAUAGAUGCCAUCUUGAAGAUUAAUACAUGUAUAUACAGUACUUCUGGAUGUAGUAAUUGUGAAUACCAGAGAAUAACAAGCAAUCUAAAAAACAUUUUACUUGAAAGUGAUAAUAAUUGUAGAGUUCAUUUAAAUUUGCAUUUAACUGUUGAGAUAUAUUGCAGUUGUAUAAAGGUUGUUAUUACUGAGUUCUUCAAUAAGUCUCAGGUUUCUUGUUUAAAACACUGCCAUUGUUAACAAAUGAGAUGAAUGAAUGCAAUAACUAUGAACAUUGAAACCUCAUAAAGUUGCUCGCCUGUA